CCCCAUCAAAGACAAGGAUAAAGUAGUCAGUACAGGCCGCAAGAGCAACAAAAACGGCAAGACCAAGGGCAACGGCCCCUUGGCGGCACUGUCAAAGCGGUUCUCACCAUCUCUUCCGCCCCGAUCUCUAUCGACUCCUGCGGCAUCGACCUUGACUUCAUUUGCAGCUGCAAUGACAGCAGAGCCUGGCUUUAACGGUGCUACUCUCCUUAGCGCCGACUCCAGACUUGGAUCUGAAUCAGUUGAUGCAGUAGAGCCGUUGCCUGGCCCUUUUAGAGACCACAUUCGGCACCACAGCGUCUCGGGGCUUCCCUCUCAGGAUUCCAAAGGAUCCCGGUCCUCAUGCACCUCCUCGUGUUCAGCAUCGUCAGCAUCAUCGUCGUUAACGUCGUCCACAUCUUCUUCGCUUUCUUGUUCAGCAACGUCCUCUUCUUCUUCCUCAUCUCCUUUCUUCUCUCCCUCUGAAUUUUACAACUCUCUCUUUGGCAACAGCCACGGUAACAGCGACAUUGGCAACAGCAACAGCAGCAACCACAACUACGACCAUAGCAUUGAUCCUUUAUCCUCAGCACCUUCACCAUCGCUAUCAUCAUCUCUAUCCACUUUGAACCCACCAAUUAUUGUAACGACCACCACUAAACCUACAACGAUGGGAGGAGCAAGACAAAUACGAUCAGGUUCAUGGACGUCUUCGUUCUCACUUUCGUCCCUGUCAAUCCCAAAGAACUCUACCCGCGCUGCAACCCCAGACACUCUGUCGCCAAUCGGCAGUCGAUCACCAGAGUCAUAUCCCCUACCAUCAGCAGGAACCCAGACACGUUCAAACCCACAGCCUUCGAUUUCCCAAUAUUCAAACCCUGUAUCCCCAACUGGAACGUUCCCUCCUUGCUCCUCAUCCUCAACCUCAACAUCUCCGCCCUGUGCCUUCUCACCAAUGUCGCUCCCACCCCUGCCCCUCUUUGUCUCAUUAUCACCUACAACGGGUUCAGCAUUGCAUUCGUCAAAUUCCCUGCUAUCGAUAGUACAGGGCGACGAUCAUCCUUCUACCCCGCACUCCAUUGUGACCAUGGGCGCACCCCUGACGAUUGCAUUUCAAUCAAAUGAUCUGGGCGGCAUGGUAACUGCAACAGAGGCCCGUGCAAUGUCUGGCAAUGCACACCCUCAAACAUACGCGCAGCAACACCCCUGCGCCGUCCAUACCCCGCCUCAGGACCAUCAUGGAGCCCAGUCAUUUGAGGCUGGAGCGAAUCGGUUGGAGAUGUGCCUGCCAAGUCGAUCGAACAGCUCGGCGCCGGUUGUUGGCGCCAGAUCGCUAGCCCCUCCAACAUCCUUCAAGAGCUCGUCAUGCAACUCUGAACCAGGGUUCACCAGCGGAUCUCGUCGUAGCUCCAAAGACUCUCUUGAUUCUGUCCCAGGGGUGACAUUGGAUGACCUGGUGGACCAACUCACCAUUCCGGAUUAUGUCAACACGCUUGGUAAGUGCCCUGCAACAUUCUCCUGGUCCAGACCCUGACGCAAUCAUCGAGAGGGGUUAUCCUUGGUCGCACACGGUCUGCACCGGUCAUCAUCAUCAGUAUGAUACGAUAACCUCCUGUGUGCC